AUGAUUGUGAGGUCUUUUGUUAAUGAUGCUGCUGCUGCUGCUACAAACACUAACCCUACUACGAAGCUUUACCACUGGGUCGCCCUUCCUAAAAUUCCUCAAAAUGAACAACGAGAUUGUUUAAUCCAAUCAACAAGUGAAAACCUUUAUAAAUGGCAGUUAAGUAGAGAUGACUCAACAACUACAGGAAAGUUUGUACUACACGACGGACCGCCCUAUGCUAAUGGAGACUUGCAUAUGGGACAUGCUUUGAACAAAAUAUGUAAAGAUAUAAUCAAUAGGUUCCAACUAAUUUAUAAAGGUAAAAAAGUUAAAUAUCAACCAGGAUGGGAUUGUCAUGGCUUGCCAAUUGAAUUGAAGGUAGAGGGCAAGUUGAAGGAUUCAGACCUUCAAGAACCAAUAAAUAUAAGAAAAGCAUGCAAAGAAUGGGCCCAACUACAAAUCGAGAACCAAAAGCACCAAUUUCGACAAUUGGCUAUAAUGACUGAUUUUGAUAAGCCAUAUACUACAAUGACUCAUGAGUAUGAGAUUAACCAGUUAAGAGUGUUUUGGAAACUAAUGCAGUUGAAUCUUUUGUCGCGGCAAUUGAAGCCUGUUUGGUGGGGGUGUGAGACUCAAACGGCAUUGGCUGAGGCGGAAUUGGAGUAUAACGAUAAUCAUAGUUCAGUGGCUAUAUUUGUCAAGUUCCCCUUGGUGAGUGAUGAAAUAAGAAACAAAUUCUUAGGUGAUGCUGUUGAUAAAAAGUUGAAGUUAUUGAUUUGGACUUCUACUCCUUGGACGAUACCUGCUAAUAAAGCAGUAUGCAUCAAUAAAGAAAUGACAUACACAUUGAUUGAAAAUGAUUACGAAGCUUUAAUCGUUGCAAAAGAUUUAGUUGACAACGUUUUGAAGAUGGCACCUGAGGGCGGAAAUUAUAAAGUGAUUCAAGUCAAUAUACCAGGUUCCGAAUUGGUGAAUCAAAAAUAUACUAACCCUGCUAAUGAAGAUAACGUUGAACGCUCUGUGCUACACGGAGAUCACGUUGUGAGCACUGCAGGUACAGGAUUAGUACAUAACGCACCUGCACACGGUCGUGAAGAUUAUUUAGUUGCCAAACAGAACAAUAUCCCUUUGGAAGAAUCAUUUGUUGACAAUAAAGGGCGAUUUGUAAGUGAUGGUGCGUUGCCUCCUGGCUUUGCAAGUUUAGCCUCACACAAAGUGAAUAACCCUAAAACGAAUAUGCUUUGUGUUGAUAUUAUGAAACUGCAUGGCAUGAUCUAUCAUGUAAACAAGAGUUUUAAGCAUUCGUAUCCUUACGAUUGGAGAUCACAAACUCCAGUUAUACAAAGAGCUACACCUCAAUGGUUUGUUAAUGUUGAGAGCAUCAAACCGUUUGCAUUGAAAGCUUUGGAAAACGUUGAUUUCAUACCCAACGUUGGAUUUAAUCGAUUGAACUCGUUCAUUGGAAAUAGAAAUGAAUGGUGUAUUUCGAGACAAAGAUGUUGGGGUGUCCCGCUACCGAUUGUUUACAAUAUCAAGACUAAUGAACCAUUAAUGGACUUAAAAGUGCAAAAGUAUAUAAUUGAUAAAAUCGAGGAGUAUGGAACAGACGAAUGGUUUGUCAAAGAAGAUGACAUAAGUCGAUGGAUUCCUGAACAUCUCAACGGAACACAUUAUUAUAAGGGACAAGACACUAUGGAUGUGUGGUUUGACUCGGGUACUUCUUGGACUACAUUGCAAAAUAGUUUGGAGGAGUGCAAUAAUUUGAAUAAACCAUUAGCUGAUGUGUAUCUUGAAGGCAGCGACCAACACCGAGGAUGGUUUCAGUCUUCUAUAUUGAAUAAAGUGAUUUUCUCGGGUAAUACAGAAGAUAGUGGCGAGACUACUACAUUUGAGUCUAUGGCUCCGUUCAAAACCGUUAUUACCCAUGGUUUCAUUACUGAUGGCAAGGGACAAAAGAUGUCUAAAUCUAGAGGCAAUAUAUUCACUCCUCUCCAAGCUAUUGAAGGUACAAAGAAGCCAUUCACACCACCUCUAGGCACGGAUGGGUUAAGAUUAUGGGUUGCAUCUUCUAAUUACAAGCAAGAUGUCAGUUUCAACCCCGAAAUUUUAACGCGGGUCUCUGAGAUGAGCAAGAAAUAUCGACUUACUUUUAAAUAUAUCUUGGGGAAUUUGCACAAUUACAAAGAAUCAAACCAAACAAGCUUAUCUUUAUUAGACAAGUAUAUCCUACACACCUUGUACGUUUUGCAAGAAACGUGCACUGAGAAUUAUGAGGCCUAUAAUUUCUCGCGAGUUGUUAGCUCGAUCAAUACCCAUGUCAAUUCCGUGCUUAGUGCAUUUUACUUUGAUGUUUGUAAAGAUUGUCUAUAUACUGCUAGCAUAGACUCACCUAGACGACAAGCUAUACAAUUUGUGUUGAAUGAAAUUUUGAAAUGUUAUAUAUUGGCCUUAGCGCCAAUACAGCCUUUAUUAGUACAAGAAGUGUGGAGCCAGUAUUCCAAGGAUAGUAGAAAUGAGGAUGUAUCUCCUUUCAAAGAGCCAAUUGGCAGGUUCCUACUACCCAAGCUGUAUAAAAAUCAAACGAUAGAAGAUCAAUUUUCGAGAUUUUUUAAAUUGAGAGAGUCGGUAUUUAAGCAAAUUGAAUUGAUGAAGGAAAACAAAUUAUUCAAGAACAAACUAGAAUUGGAAAUCGAGUUUUUAGUGAGGGACAAACAAUCUAACAUCUACCAAUUCUUGAAAAAUAACGAAACAUACCUUGAUGAUUUGUUCUUGGUAUCCAAGGGAUCACUUGUACAGGAUGGCAACUUGGAUGCAACCGCUAUGAUUGACGGUGAAGAAGUUGGAUUUUCCAUUAGAUUAUCCAACGAGUAUAAAUGUCCACGGUGCUGGAAAUUCAAUGCAGAGAAGAAGGACACACUAUGCAAAAAAUGUCACGACGUAAUAAACGGGUACCUCGACCGUAGAAAAGAUCUCAUUCAUCAAUAUAAUUCCCUGUUAAACUCAUUCAAGUCGGAACUCGAAUAUGAAGCGUAUGCCAAUCUUUUCUAUAUUUUGCAAAAACUAGAUGAAUACAAAUACCAAUAUGCCGUUGUUAAGUCAUAUUUGGAUAGUCAAACCCAGAAUUCAAACGUAUCAAUAAGUAUACAAGAAUCGUUGAAAGGAGUUGAAUUAAAGAUCAAAAUGCUAGAGAGUGAGAUUUAUCUUGAGGAUUUAAUUAUGAUCGAGCCAAAUUUAGCUAUCAUCAGAAAGAAUUUAUUAGAAAAUGCAAGUGAAGGUGGUAAGAUUUUAUACCAUUGGGAAAAACUGAAUCCAAAGGAACCAUGGAAGUUUUUAGAUGAGAGAAUAUUCGAUUUGAAAAAGAAUCAUUAG